GCUGAAUGUGAUGACACACGAGCUCUUUAAGGCCCAGCAAGGAAACCAUAGACCAUGACAACUUUUAGCAGGAGCUCCAAAGCCUGUUGUAGCAUGGCAGACAAUUUUUUGAAGCGACUCAGCGGGAGCAUGCACAUCAUCCCGACCGGCCGACAACUGCCUAGGACGCCGCCUAUGAAUGAAGUGAAGAAACUGGAUCGAAAACGUGACAAUGUGGCAAUGCAUCAGAGAACUGAGGGGGACAGUGGAGAGCACCCUGACCCACACAUGAUUAAGUUGAACACUUCAGGCACAAAACAAGGUUUUUCAGAUUUCUCUGAAGCCUUGCUGACCGGCAUGAAGGGAUAUCAAUUAACGGCGUGUGACCUGGACUUUAUGAGGAAGAUGCAAGUGGAGAAACAAACAAAGCAGCUACAGGGAGAACUGGAGCAAGUGCAAAAUGUGAUUAAAAGUGAACGGAUGGCCUUGGACCUCACACUGGCCUCUAGGGAGAAGGUGCAAGCAGCUCUUGAGAAUCUCGCAUCAUGCACUGAGCUCGUGGAGCAUCUCAAGCAGGUGCUUGGAGUCGUACUUCCAUCUUUCAAAGUGUUGGAGCAGGAUGUCCGGUCACUGCUGGCCAUGGUGACCAAGGAAGAUGUGGCGAGGGUGCUAAGCGAGAAGAAGCAGGCAAUGUGUCACAUGCAGAAGGAGAUGAGUCUGAGAAAGGAGCACACUAAAGCACACCUGGAGAAACAACUUGUUGAUGACCAGCUGGUGAUCCAACAACUAAUGAGAGAAAUGUCUGAACUUAAAUCUACGGCUCAGCUAGAGAUGGUCAGAAGGAAGGUAGUGACAAAGAGGGAGCUGCCCAGGAGUAGGAAGCCAGCAGGCAAGGACACAAGUAAGAGCACGAACAAAACCCCAAAAUCACCUUCAAAGUCCACAGUAGACAAGACUCCAGAAGCAGCCGCAGGAUUCCAGACAUUACCAGAUGGGUGUCAGCCUGUACGACGUACCCAAGGGAGAGUGAAGGCAGUCAGACACCCAAAGGCCACAGCAUUGCGGGCGGAAAGUGUCAAAGAGGCAGACAACGCUAAAAAUGCUCGGCCAGCAGGAGCGCGAGUUCCGCAGCAGCAGGAGAAUAUUGUUCCUCGACGCUCCAAGAGGAUUGCCAACAGGAAGUAAUGGGACACAGCCAGUUGCACUUCCUGAAAAUGGUCUUUUAAGUCAGUUUAUUUUUAGUGCGUUAACGCCACACCUAAUUUUUCACAGGAGUAGUUGACUAUUAUUGCUAUUCUUGAACAGUGGAACUGUUAAGGAUGGAUCACAUGCAGGACUGAAUUUUAAGUGUAGGGAAAGUAUGAAGUACAAUAAAUCAAUUCAGUGGUCCCACUGUUAUAAAACCUUUCAUUAACUUCUCAAAACAUUUGGAAAGCAUGUCCAACUGUUUGUUUUAAAUCUUUUUGCGCAACUUGCUGUUCUCUAACCUGAAUGGCAAAAUUCAUAACAGGUGUUUGAUCAUGACUUGACCAAUACAUUUCCUGGUUCAAUUAAAAUUGGUAUUAGGGGUGUGCAUCUCUUCAAUAAAUAAUUUUUUUUUGCAUUGAA